CCCUGCGCACAGAAGAACAAUUGUUGUUGAGAUGCUGACUUGAAGAGCCGGCCUUAAGCCACACACAAUUAUUAUUUAAAAACAUUGUCGCGGUGACGCAAAGGUUUCAAAUGAACAGUGGACUGGUUAGGCUAUAGAGAGAUGCAUGGGUAGUGCGUGUGCGCCUGGUGGUUAUGCUACUAAUGACAGCGUGAUGCAUUUAUGCGAGCUUGCAGUCGCCGCCUCCGGACAGAGCCGUUGUCGAAGAAGAAGAUGCUGAAUCAGCUGCGCGCUCGUGAGAUAGCCUAUCCGGGGUAGUCUAUGUCUCCUUUUCCAAUUUCACAAAUGUCUCCCUUGCUUCUGACAAUAGAAGACGAUACAUUGGCACAGCGUUGGGAACAGUUUAUUAUUACAUUUUGCUGCUGGAAAUAAAUAGGCUGCCUGUCUAGAGAGAUGUGCAUCGCUCCAAAGGAGACAUCAAGUUUGACAACUGUGACCAUCUAGGCUACGAUGAAGCAGGUUGCACGAGGAGUUAGAGCAUUUGGUUUGGCUGGAGACUUUAUGUUAUCGCUUAUAUCAAUGGCAUGACUAUUUCACCACGCACAAUGGAGGAUAAAUCCAACAAACUAAUUUUGAUUCCGAUACUGGCCGUGGUCUUCUUGAUGAUAGGCUAUCAGUACAUUUGUUCAGCCGGCAGUAACUCUUGUCGCUUUCUAACUGGGGACAAGUUGAGUGGAAUGUUCCGCCAAUAUCACUCGGGGGACGAUAUUUACGCGUACCAAGAUGGGCUGGACGAGGAGGGUUCUUCGAAAAUUCUGUCUAAAUUUAAUUUUACUGACCGAGACCUUGAGCGACACGUGGAUUUUAACAUCAAAGGAGAUGACGUUAUAGUGUUCCUCCACAUCCAGAAAACCGGUGGGACUACUUUCGGACGACACCUUGUCCGAAACAUUCACCUCGAACAGCCCUGUGAUUGUAUGCCCGGACAGAAGAAAUGUACCUGCCACCGCCCGGGCAAAGCGGAGUCCUGGCUUUUCUCCAGGUUCUCUACUGGCUGGAGUUGUGGUCUCCAUGCGGACUGGACCGAGCUCACUAACUGCGUGCCUGCAGUGAUGAACAAGAAAAGCAAGAAGGAUGCUCAGAGGAACGGACGGAACUUCUACUACAUCACCAUGCUAAGGGACCCUGUCUCCCGCUACCUGAGCGAGUGGAAGCACGUGCAGCGUGGCGCCACCUGGAAGACCGCCCUGCACAUGUGUGACGGCCGCUCUCCCACCCAGGACGAACUGCCCGCCUGCUACAGUGGCGACGACUGGACCGGGGUCACGCUGACCAACUUCAUGGACUGCCCUUCCAACCUGGCCAACAACCGGCAGGUCCGCAUGCUGGCCGACCUCAGCCUGGUGGGCUGCUACAACGUCUCCACCUUCACCGCCGGCGCCGAACGAGAGCGCGGCCGCGUCCUACUAGCCAGUGCCAAGAACAACCUCCGCAACAUGGCCUUCUACGGCCUGACCGAGUUCCAGCGCAAGACGCAGUACCUGUUUGAGCGGACGUUCGGCCUGCGCUUCAUCCAGGCUUUCACGCAGAUCAACAGCACGCGGGCGGCCAGCGUGGGGGUGGGGGAGGGGGCUCUGCGGCGGCGUAUCGAGGGGCUCAACGCCCUGGACGUGGAGCUGUACGAGUACGCCAAGGAGCUGUUCCUCAGGAGGUACCAGUACAGCCGCCAGACACAGCACCGGGAGCAGAGGCUGAGGAGGAGGCAGGAGAGGCAGGAGGAGAGGCAGCGGCUACACCAGCACACAGCCUCUAUCUCCAAAGCCAGGAGGGAGGAGGAAGAGAGGGCGAUAGAGGGGGUGGAAGGGGAGGAGGUGGGAGGUGUAGCCACCACAGAGGACUACAGCAGCCAGGUGGUGAGAUGGUGAGGCCGUAACACCCAUGUAAGGACUAGUACUUCCUCUUCCUGUCAGUUUCUCUCUCUCUCUCUCUCUCUCUCUCUCUCUCUCUCUCUCUCUGCCUUGGGCUGCCCAAUGGUGUCUUAAUCUUUCAGAUGGAUGUAUUUAUUAUUUAUUAUUACUAUGUAUUAUGAUGUGGUAAACUUUUGUUUCUCCUCUCAUGCAGAGUUUAUUGUGUGUUCAUUUUCUAAUGCUUGUCUGUUCUUCAAAGUUGCUGAACAACUCUAGGGUGUCAAAUGGACAUUCUACAAGAUUUUAUCAGAAUCUCCAUGGGACUGUAUGUAAAUAAAAUGAGCGCCUCAGGAUUCUUGAAAUGUAAUGUGGUACGCUUCGGGUUGCAAAGGGAGGGUGCAGUACUGUGCAAACGUUUUAGGCAGGUAAGCUAACACGGUGAGGUUGCUGAAGACAGUUUACUGUCAAAAGUCAUACACCAUGGCAAGACUGAGCCCAGCAACAAGACACAAGGUAGUUAUACUGCAUCAACAAGGUCUCUCCCAGGCAGAAAUAUCAAGGCAGACAGGGGUUUCCAGAUGUUUUUUGAAGAAGCACAAAGAAACGGACAAUGUUGAGGACCGUAGAUUCAGUGGUCGGCCAAGGAAACUUACUGCAGCAGAUGAAAGACACAUCAUGCUUACUUCCCUUCACAAUCAGAAUUGGCAGAAAACAGAGGGACACUGGUACACCCAUCUACUGUCCGUAGAUGUAUGCUCAGAAGUGCCCUUCCUGGAAGACUUGCGGCCAAAAAGCCAUACCUCCAGGCCUCCCGGGUGCCACCAGAGACUCUGGGUUCGCACCCAAGCUCUGUCGCAACCGGCCGCGACCGGGAGGUCCGUGGGGCGACGCACAAUUGGCCUAGCGUCGUCCGGAUAGGGAGGG